AUGGUGUAUAUGCGACAACCACCAGGGUUCGAGGAUCCUCGCUUCCCUGAUCAUGUUUGCAAGCUUAACAAGGCCAUUUAUGGCCUCAAACAAGCUCCUAGGGCAUGGUUUCAUCGCCUAAGCUCCUUUCUUGUGGCAAAUGGGUUCACUUGUAGUCGUGCGGAUCCCUCUUUGUUUGUGUUUCAACGUGGUGCUUGUCUCUUAUACUUACUCGUAUAUGUGGAUGACCUUAUCUCCAAGCUUCACACAGAAUUCAAGAUUAAGGAUCUCGGUCACCUUAGCUACUUUCUCGGUUUGGAAGCCAAACAUCUUUUGUCCAGGUUGUUUCUUAGCCAGUCCAAGUAUGCUCAUGCUAUUGUUUCCCAUGCUGGCCUACUUGAGUCAAAGCCCGUGGCGACCCCUCUAUCCCCGAGUGUCUCUUUUGUUGCAUCUGGUAUACCUUAUGAGGGUCCGACCCAUUAUCAUUCUCUUGUUGGGGCUUUGCAAUAUUUGACCAUCACCCAUCCUGAUUUUUCUUAUGCCGUUAAUCAGGUUAGCCAGUUUCUUCAGGCUCCUACCAUUGAUCACUAUCAGGCGGUCAAGCGGCUUAUCCGAUAUGUUAAUGGCACCCUCUCCUAUGGUCUUACUUUUUCGAGACCUACAUCUAUGAACCUUUUUGGUUAUUCUGAUGCGGAUUGGGCUCGUUGUUUAGAUACGCGUCAGUCCACCUAUGGGUACUCGAUCUUCCUGGGGGGUAAUCUUGUAUCCUGGAGCGCCAAAAAGCAGCCUACAGUCUCUCGCUCCAGCUGUGAAUCUGAAUAUCGAGCCAUGGCUAACAUUGCUGCUGAACUCAUAUGGAUUACUCACUUGUUGUGUGAGCUUCACUUUCUUCCCACUGGCCGUCCGACCAUUUUGUGUGAUAAUUAUAGUGCCCUAUUUCUCACACAAAACCUGAUGUCUCAUAAGCGUGCCAAAUAUAUCGAUCUUGACUACCAUUUUGUUCGUGAGCUCGUUGUAUCUGGGAAACUGGUUACCAUGUUUGUUCCUACCAAACUUCAAGUAGCAGACAUUUUUACUAAGAGCCUUCCACGACAACAGUUUAAAUAG